UAGUUCAGGGCUACAGAUACUGGGAAGAGGAAUAAAUGUCAGCUGAAAGUUCGAAGAUGGCCAGUCAUACAAGCUCAAUGAAACAUUAAUCUGUUUCAUCCUUCAGCUUCAUUACUGAAUAGUCUGAACCAUCAGGAUAAUAUGAGAUAUAUUUCCUCCAUCGCGUAGAGGAUGAUAGAUGGUCAUUUACUGACAGACACAUAUGAACAUUGUUAAAAUUUUGCAGAACCAAAAAUGAAUGGUAAAUAUUUUGGUCACGUUCGUCAAUCGACUACGCUGUUUCCUCAGCGAGUUUGCAUUUCUUCAGAACCUGCAAUCAGUGAAGAACCUGAAGAUUUAGUUGGUAAUCCAGUCAGCAGUGAAAAGCAGAAGUUUCUACUCGAACAAUUACAGGAAGCAACCGUGAAGUCUCAAGAGAGUGACAAUGGCCUAUAUGAAAAUAUUGGUGAAAGUGGAUAUCGUGAUGCUUUGCUUAGUGUAAUCAAUAAAGGAUUCUCAGAUCCAGAAUUAGUUAGAUGUUUUGUCUGUAAGGCGGAUAUUGCGUCUGAAUAUUUAUCCAAACAUUUACUUCUUGGUCAGGUGAAGUGUAUGAGUUGUUCGGCGAUUAUUAAAAGAUGCCAAACUUUUCAUGUGUGGAGUCUUAAAAGGAACACUGGGAGUGCUUGUGACCAUAUGCUCUACUACCUGAAUGAUCCUUGGGAAACUUUGAGGAUGUAUUAUGCUACAGGUCUUAACAGGAGUUCCCCAAGUGUUGCUGGACUUAUAGAAAGUAAAAUGAGCACCUAUUUGCAUGGGAUUAAAUCUCUCCGAUAUAGAUAUCCAUGGAAGCAAGUAUUUUCCCAUUCAGUAGAACAAACGAGCCUAUUCGAGAUUCCAAAAAUGUCCAAAGGAGGCCUAAAUGAGGCUGUAGUGGCAUCUGCUAAUGACAGUAAUCCCAGUGCAUCAGGAAAUGAUUGCUAUCCUAGAACCCCUUUUGGUGAGAAUGUCAUGAGAGAAAAAUUGUAUCUGGAUGUUGGUCAUGAAUUACAGAGAAAUGGUGUACUAACCAGUGGCGGUAAUCCUGUCAAAUAUUCAGGUGUUCAGGGCUCCAAGGAAAACAGUUGUGAGGCAAAGGUUCUUGUUAAUAAUUUAAAGGAUAAUAGUCUCAGGAAACAUAAUGGAUCUAAAGGUAAUGGCGCAUCUUUUGAAAAGAAGUACCAUUGUGCAAAAAAGUCAACAGCACAUUUGCUCAAAGUAAAGAGCAGAGCAAAGUCUCGCCACGUUGAAUCCGAGAGAAAAGUUCUCGUCUCUCAGUCCAAGAAUUCAACCGAGUUGGUAGCAAUGCCUUCGAAUGGAUUUUACUUUAUUGCCAAGCAUUCACUGAAAGAAUGUCCAAAUUGCUAUGCCGUCAUUAGGCCACAAGAUUUUUCAGUGAACAUAGUUACCUUUUUGAUGACAGCAAUAUGCAGCGAUUGUGGCUUGACUAUGUACGUCGUACAAGACACCCCUGAUGAUGAGUGUCCCAGAAUUUGUAUUGUUGGAGAUAAAGACCCCAUCAUUAAGAAUCCUUAGGUUUGAUAAGCGUGUUUUGAGAUGUUCUGUCUGUGCCAUCUUACUAAUUAUCAUCUUGAUAGUUGCCUCUGUUCUUUAGAAGAUUGUACCAGAUAAUGAAGUAAAGAGUUUGAUAUGUGUGUAAACAAUAAAAACUUUGUCAGCGCCACAGCAAUUUUCGUAAGCAAACUGUUCUUCGGAAUAAUUCUUUUCAUUUCUCUUUAAAAAUUUGAUUUAGUAAAAGGGUGUUAUGAAUGUUGUGAUUAAAGAUAAUAAACAUACUCCCCCUUUUCAAAACAUAUGCCUGGCUAUGACAAGAAGCGAGUUAUUUAUCCACAUGUUUAUUAGCAGAUAUGUGCUUGACGUUUCAUGAAACAGUCAGCAGCACCAGUGAAAGCUACAAUCAGAAGUAGAGUUUGUGCUUGCAAUCAAAUGUUACACUAGGAAUUAAGGGUAUAGAAUAGACUGAUUAAGUAUGAGCAUGCACUGAUGGUUGUGCUUUGAUAUUCUGUAAAUGCAUAUACGCAGUACAUAAAUACAGAUGGAAUUAACUAAAGUGGUGUCUUGCAUGUAUAUAAAUAAUUCUUUCACUCUUUGUUGCUGUUCUGUUGAAACGAGGAAGUAUUAAUAUUCCUUUCAGUGUAAUUGUUGCUGUAAAAUUUGUGUGCUCAUCAAUCAUUAUUUUUCCAUUAAAAAUGUGCUAUGAAGAUGAAUA